UACACACGAGGGUCCUGAAAGGAAGUAACGUCAGCUGCGAAGUGCCUCGCAGGCGGUGUGGUCUGGCAAUAUGUCGCACCUGCAGAUGAAACUUCUGCGGAGGAAGAUCGAGAAGCGGAAUCUCAAGCUGCGGCAGCGGAACCUCAAGCUACAGGAAGCAUCAGAUGUGAAACUGCCACGGCCUCAAAAUGGAGAUGUGCCUGAAGAAACAACAAAAGUUGGAAAAGUUAAAACCCUGAAACAUUCCAUGAGUGUCAUCUCAUCAGAAGCACAGAAUGGAGAUGUGUCUGAAGAGACAGUGGAAAAUGCUAAAGUUAAAAAAUUCUCCCCCAAAUCUAAUCCAUUAACCAAUGGAAACGCAGCAGCAACACAGUCUCCUAAUUCAGAACUGAAAAAGAAAAAGAAGAAAAAAAGAAAAAUGGCAGCAAGAGAUGUGGGGCCUGAUACUAAAAAAGCAAAACCUGAAGAAAGCCCUGAGGCUCCCGAGGAAAUGGAAGAUGGUGUGGAGAAGCCAGAUGAUGAGGACAGUGAGGUGCCCAGCCUGCCCCUAGGACUGACAGGUGCUUUUGAGGACACUUCAUUUGCUUCCCUGUCUAACCUUGUCAAUGAAAACACUCUGAAGGCUAUAAAGGAAAUGGGCUUCACAAACAUGACUGAAAUCCAACAUAAAAGUAUCAGGCCACUUCUGGAAGGCAGGGAUCUUCUAGCAGCAGCAAAAACAGGCAGUGGCAAAACCCUGGCUUUUCUCAUUCCUGUGAUUGAGCUCAUCGUUAAGCUAAAGUUCAUGCCCAGGAAUGGAACAGGAGUCCUGAUUCUUUCUCCUACCCGAGAACUGGCCAUGCAGACCUUCGGUGUCCUUAAGGAGUUGAUGACACACCAUGUGCACACAUAUGGGCUGAUCAUGGGUGGCAGUAACAGGUCUGCUGAAGCACAGAAGCUGGCAAAUGGAAUCAACAUCAUCGUGGCCACCCCAGGCCGGCUCCUGGACCACAUGCAGAAUACCCCAGGGUUUAUGUAUAAAAACCUCCAGUGUCUGGUUAUCGAUGAAGCUGAUCGUAUCUUGGAUGUUGGGUUUGAAGAGGAAUUAAAACAAAUUAUUAAACUCUUGCCAAUACGCAGACAGACCAUGCUCUUUUCUGCCACACAAACUCGGAAAGUUGAAGACUUGGCAAGGAUUUCUCUGAAAAAGGAGCCAUUGUAUGUGGGUGUUGAUGAUGAUAAAGAGGUUGCCACCGUGGAUGGUCUUGAGCAGGGGUAUGUUGUUUGUCCCUCUGAAAAGAGAUUCCUUCUACUCUUCACGUUCCUGAAGAAGAACCGAAAGAAGAAGCUGAUGGUCUUCUUUUCAUCCUGCAUGUCGGUGAAAUACCACUAUGAGUUGUUGAACUACAUUGACUUGCCUGUCUUGGCCAUCCAUGGAAAGCAGAAGCAAAAUAAGCGAACAACCACGUUCUUCCAGUUCUGCAAUGCAGAUUCAGGGAUACUGUUGUGUACAGAUGUUGCCGCAAGAGGGCUGGACAUCCCUGAAGUGGACUGGAUUGUUCAGUAUGAUCCUCCAGAUGACCCUAAGGAAUAUAUUCAUCGGGUGGGUAGAACGGCCAGAGGCCUGAAUGGAAGGGGACACGCCUUGCUAAUUCUGCGUCCUGAAGAGUUGGGUUUCCUUCGUUACUUGAAGCAAUCCAAGGUCCCAUUGAGUCAGUUUGACUUUUCCUGGUCAAAAAUUUCUGACAUUCAGUCUCAGCUUGAAAAACUGAUUGAAAAGAACUACUUUCUUCAUAAGUCAGCGCAGGAAGCAUACAAGUCAUACAUACGGGCCUAUGACUCCCAUUCCCUGAAGCAGAUCUUUGAUGUGAACAACUUAAAUUUGCCUCAGGUUGCUCUGUCAUUUGGUUUCAAGGUCCCACCUUUCGUUGAUUUGAAUGUGAGCAGUGAAGGCAGGCAUAAAAAGAGAGGAGGUGGUGGUGGAUUUGGCUACCAGAAGACGAAGAAAGUGGAGAAGUCCAAGAUCUUUAAACACAUCAGCAGGAAGCCGGCAGACCGCAGGCAGUUCUCUCACUGAACAGUGUCCUUCAACCUGGAUCCCUUUGCCCUCAUUAUCCCUCUCUUCAAAAACAAACUUUUGUAGCCUCCAGUCUUUAUGAUGAUAACAUUUUUAAUUUUAAAUACACAAAACAAUUACGACAUUCUUUAA